AUGAUUGCUUAUACAUAUGCUGCCAGCGAGAAGCAGCUGACCAAGUCCAGUGCACCCAGAGUCAAAGCCAAGAUCAUUGCUGAAGGUGCCAACGGACCGACAACUCCAGAAGCUGAUAAGAUUUUCCUAGAGAGGAACGUCAUGGUUAUUCCAGAUCUCUACUUGAAUGCUGGAGGAGUGACAGUAUCUUACUUUGAGUGGCUGAAGAAUCUAAAUCAUGUCAGCUGUGGCCGUUUGACCUUCAAAUAUGAAAGGUAUUCUAACUACCACUUGCUCAUGUCUGUUCAAGAGAGUUUGGAAAGGAAAUUUGGAAAGCAUGGUGGAACUGUUCCCAUUGUACCCACAGCAGAGUUCCAAGACAGGAUAUCGGGUGCCUCUGAGAAAGACGUCGUGCACUCUGGCUUAGUUUACUCCAUGGAGCGCUCUGCCAGGCAAAUCAUGUGCACAGCCAUGAGGUAUAACCUAGGAUUGGACUCAAGAACAGCUGCCUAUGUCAACACCAUCGAGAAAGUCUUCAAGGUGUACAAUGAAGCUGGUGUGACCUUCACAUAGACCGGACCAGACUGUGGCUGACUUCUUCACUACCCUCUUCACCUCUUCAUCUGCAGACCUAUCACAAGUUUACAUGUAACCACAGAAAUCUCU